AUGGACAACUCGCACGUUGCUCUCGUCUCCAUGCUGAUGAGAGCCGAGGGCUUCUCGCCGUACCGAUGCGACCGCAACAUCGCGCUGGGCAUCAACUUGGUCUCUUUGACCAAGGUCCUCCGUGCUGCCCAGAACGAGGACAUCUUGACACUGAAGGCCGAAGACUCUCCGGAUGUGGUUAACCUCAUGUUCGAGAGCGCCGAAACAGAUCGUCUUAGCGAGUAUGACAUUAAACUGAUGGAUAUCGACCAAGAGCACCUGGCUAUUCCGGAAACGGAGUAUGCUGCUACUGUUUCUAUGCCCGCUGCCGAAUUCCAGCGUAUCUGCCGGGACCUGAACGCGCUGUCUGAGUCUGUCGUCAUUGAGGCUACAAAGGAAGGCAUCAAGUUCUCGUGUCAGGGCGACAUUGGCAACGGCUCCGUCACCGUCCGCCAGAACACCAACGUCGAUAAGCCAGAGCAAAAUGUUUCCAUCCAGCUUAGCGAGCCUGUUGCUCUGACCUUCUCCCUCAAGUACCUGGUCAACUUCUGCAAGGCUACCGCUUUGUCUAGCCAGGUCAACCUGUGCCUAUCUCAGGAAGUGCCUCUUCGUGUCGAGUACAGCCUCGGAAGCGGCCACCUGCGCUUUUUCCUUGCCCCAAAGAUUGGCGAAGAGGAUUAA